UGCAUUUCCUAAUGUUCUUUUUGAAAUCCUUAUAAUUUAAUUAGCUUUUGCGAAACAAUAUAGUAUGUAAAUGCAUAAGUAAAUACGUUAACCGCUGCUAGAUGGCGAGCGGUCGUGUCAUUUGAGCGCAUGAAAAUAUGCAAUUCUUCGUACAACGAAGCUCUAUACAAGGAAGACAAUCGAGAUACACGUUUUCGUCGAAUUUGUGUUGUUGAAAAUAAGUAAAUACCGAGUACGAUAAUUCUCCACGAGGGCGGCGGUGGUGUUCAGGAGUUCAGAUUUAAGUACGUGUGAUUUUAUAAAUAAACAAAUGAAACAAAUAGUUCUAUUCGAUGUUUUUUGUUUUUUGAUCUGAUCCGUCGAAUCGAUGCGCUCUCUAGUGGCAAUAAAAAUCAUCCUCUCAUAGUGUAUAUACGUAGACACAUUUUAUAACACUGCGAUCGUCCUCCUUGUUUAUAGGCUUCGUGCGUAGUCGUGUUACGACCUCGUGUCGAAUAGGAUAUCUUGUAAAAUGAGGUUACCGAUAUAAUCUUUAAAAAAUGUCAUAAACUUAAGUUGCAUAGUAAAUAAAUCAUUAGGUAGCGUGAAACGCGAAUAACUGGACUAAAAAAGAAAUAAUGGAUACAUAUAAUUAUUAUACUACACUUGGUUGUUCCGUCGAAUCAUCGUACGACGAUAUUAAGCAUGCAUAUUAUCAUCGUGCACGUGAACUUCAUCCAGAUAAAAACACCGGAAAAGAAAAUAUUGAAAAAUUUCAACGUCUUGCCGAAGCUUGGUCUAUCUUAAAAGAUCCCGAAUUGAGGAAAAAGUAUGACAGCGAAUGUAAGCAAGCGGAAUUAGAAUCUGAUAACAUUGUUGUUCAUGCGACUGUACAAUUACAUGAAUUACAAGAAAUAAAUGAUGAUAACGUAUUAAGUUUUCCAUGCAGAUGUGGAAAUUAUUACAAAGUAGACAAAAAUAUGCUCGAAGAACAAAAUUGUUCAAUUUAUGUUACUUGUGAAGAAUGUACUUUUAUUAUCAUUGUUAAAACAUGAUAUAUUAAACAGUUUUCAGAAAGACAAAUAUUCUGUACUUAAUAUGUAACAUUAUAGGGUACAGUUGUUGCUGGAGUAUUAAAGCGGUAAUGCAAUUGUCAAGAAAUCAAUGGAAAACAAACUUUGACCUGUAAAUUAUACAAGUUUAAAUUCCAUCUUUUAUUCCAUAGCAUAUAUCUUGUUGGUUUUGAAUAAAUUUUCAAACUUUACAGUGUCGUCAAAAGUGACUAAAAGUUUGUUUGAAUUUUCACACGCUUUUACUCCUAUUGUUAUUAUAAAAAUAAAUCUAACUGCGCAUCGCAGAAAAUUGAAAUAUAUUGUGUUCAAAUAUACAUACGUAUAUACACAUAUAGUAUAUAGUUUUGUCCAUUUAAUUUGUUAAUUGUUGCUACAUUUCCAACGUUAAAAAAAUAUUAUCUAUUUAUAUAGGAAACUAAGUGUACAGAUUCUAGUUUGCUUUUAGACAAAUUUGAUAUGACAGAAUAUAGUAAAUAAAAAUACGAC